GUCUAUGAUCAUAGACAUUUAAUGUGUGUGUUUGUCUGGUGUAUAAAUGAGGUACACGGUACACCCACUAUUUCGGUGUACCUCUAGCUUUAUUCAUAUUGGGGAUGCCCUCAAAAGGGGAAGUGGGAGCAAAAUAAUAGGGAGUAAAAUCUUUGUUCUAUCAUUCUUUCAAUCUUUUUUUGAGUCUUGACCCCUUUGACUAGACGAGACGAACUAUGCUCAGGCCCUACCACACUUGACAGUUCAAUCUACUCACACAACAUACGGAGUACUAUAUAGGAGGAGAUCAAAACAAUUCUUCAUUCCAUAAAUUCUUCUUCCCAACCCACAUACAUACUCUCAUUUAAUUAAGGGUGACUAAUUCAUCUCAAAUUAGCUAGCUUGUUAUUAUAAUGGCUUCCAAUGUCUUCCGGAGUGUGCUCAAACUUGCUCUCAUUGUCAUUCUCUUCUAUUCGAUGGCUCUGCUCCCUUCCAUUUCAGGAAGAGGAAAACAGAUGAUGAUGAGAAUGGCAUUGGGGUCAAGGCCACCAAGGUGUGUGGGGAGGUGCAUGGGGUGCAGGCCUUGCGUGGCGGCGCUAGUCAUUCCGCCGCACCACAAGAGGCGGCAGCCGCGGUGGUGGUUUAAAAGGACUACCGCAAGUGGCGGCGGCGGCCCCGGGGAAGAUGAGAACUACUAUCUCCUCUCGUGGAAGUGCAGGUGUAGGAACAAAUACUUUCAGCCUUAGAUAGACUAUGGUGAUGUUGUAAUGUUUAGACUAUGUUAAUUGUGUGUAUCGUAAUAUUGUUUGACAGUACUCAAUGACCCGG